AAAGACUCUGUGUUUUGAUUAGAAGGCGUCCAUUUUGCCGCGUCAGUGUGUGAAUAUUGUGGAUUAAUGAAUCACUGUACAGCGGUUUGAGUCGAGUGCUGUGAUUCAGUUUAAGUUUGAAAACAGCUUUUCAAAGCUUUUCAAGAUUUCAGUUCUGCACGCAGUGAGAGUCUCAUAGAGAAAGACUGUGAUAGAGCUGAUCCAGGAUCAGACUCGUGAGUGUGUGGGGGAUGAACUGUCGCUCGGAGGUGUUGGAGGUGUCUCUGGAGGCCCGGCAGGUGGAUGAGGCCAUGGCGGCGCUGCUGCACACCAUCCUCCUGCACCGCAGCACCGGAAAGUUCCACUAUAAGAAGGAGGGGACGUACUGCAUGGGCACGGUGGGGACUCAGGACGUGGACUGCGACUUCAUCGACUUCACCUACGUGCGAGUUUCAUCAGACGAGCUCGAGCGCGUGAUCAGGAAAACGGUGACCGAGUUUAAGGAUGCGCUGGGGAACUCGGGCAGUGACGGGAUGGGUCAGAUCUCUCUGGAGUUCUAUCAGAAGAAGAAGUCGCGCUGGCCCUUCUCGGACGAGUGCAUCCCCUGGGAGGUGUGGACCAUCAAGGUGAACGUGGUGAACCUGGCCAACGAGCAGGAGCGUCAGAUCUGCCGGGAGAAAGUGGGCGAGAAACUCGGCGAGAAGGUCAUCAACAUCGUGGAGGUCAUCAACCGGCACGAGUACCUGCCCAAGAUGCCCACGCAGUCCGAGGUGGACAACGUGUUCGACACGAGCCUGAAGGACGUCCAGCCGUAUCUGUACAAGAUCACGUACCAGAUUACGGAUUCUCUCGGGACGUCAGUCAGCACCACCAUGAGGAGGCUCAUCAAAGACACGCUGGCCUUAUAACAGGGUUAUAACAGGGUUAUAAAGUCCCGCUGAUACAUCAGCCAUCAUCAGUUACACACACACACACACACACACACACACACACACACACACACACACACACGGGUUUCCUCUGUAUUUAUCAGUCUGUAAUUAGCAUCAGAAAUACACUAGCAGUCAGAAGUUAAAUAUAUAUUUAAUUGUUUUAAAGACAUUUGAAUAAAAGCUUAUGGUUUAAAUAUAAAUAGUGACGUUCAUGUUAAUGCCUGUGUAUAAGUUUAAUAAUAAAUACUUUCUUAAAGUGUUUUAAACUGUUUCCUCGCUGUAUCUGAAAACUUUAAGUAAAUCCUCCAGGAUGAGAAGAUGGUGAGAUUUUGCAAAACUUCAUCAGGAAUUAAAAAUAUGAAACAUCUGGACAUUUUUCUUGUGUUAUGUUAGUGCUAAAAUAGUACAAAAUGACGCGUGAGCGGGGGGUGCACAAACUUUUGCCUGGUGGUUUUAAUUUUGUACAGUGUAAAAAUGUGAUUUUUUUUUUUUUUUUCCCAGAAUAAAACUGAACUCGUAUAAAAAAUCCACAGUGUCUGAUUAAUUGAUUAAUUGAUUGAUUGAUGUGAAAGUCUGGAAUAAAAAGACAAUACGAUCGGAUAAUGUUCUUAUUUUAAUUAGACAGAAAACAGGUUUGUGUAAAGGUUAAAUUAUUCCGCUGUGAGACCUGCUGAUCAGCGUCACUUUAUUUUAGAAAGCAAGCGGUUAAACAGUAGAGGAAAAGAAAGGAAAAAAAAAUCACUAAACACAAAAUAAACCUGCCACA